AUGAAGGCAGUGCAGGUCCUGUCCUUCUACGUCGUCACCGCCCUCGCGGCUCGCGAUCCGAUUCAAAGCCACCUCACACUCGGCAUAUGUCGAUCGCCGCUACUGCCACUCUCAUUUUCGGAGCUGUCGGACCCGAUAUGCUCUACUGCAGACGUGAUCGCCCAAAAGCAGGCCACUACCGGAAGGCACGUUACUGACGAAUCAUCGCCGUGGACGUCAAUCAGCAACUGUGCACGCAACGGAACGGGGCCGAUAGAGUUCUGCGUCUUCUACGCCGGUGGCUUCGCCAACAACAGAGGAGUGUCAAUCAUUACCAGCCCCGAAAGGGCCAAGAGCAUCGCCAAGUUGCCUGCAUUCACCAACCCGGAGCUCACGGCACACACCAACAAGGACCUCGACCACAACUACGACCCGGUGUACAAGUCAGUCAUGAUCCCUGGAAAGGGGGUUGGUCUAGUUGCUGCCAAGACGCUGUACCGUGGAGACCGUAUAAUGAGCAGCACGCCAGCCAUCGUAAUCGACUACGGCUUCUUCGACACGAUGCCAAAGAAGGUGAUCAAGGAGAUACAGACAGCUGCCGUCGACCCACCGUAA